AUGGCAGAUCAGGGGCCGGGUGCCAGCCUCUGUGGACGUGACAGCUGGCAUGCUCGCCGUGCAGCUGCAGGAUUCGGACCUCUGGUAGAUUCGGGGCGCUGGUUUGGCGAUGCUGGGGAAGGGUUAAAUGUGGAUGAUUUAUGCAGUGGCAGCCUCACGCGGUUGCUCAGCUCCCCCCAUUCGUGCCCCGCCUCCCCCCAUUCGUGCCCCGCCUCCCCCCAUUCGUGCCCCGCCUCCCCCCAUUCGUGCCCCGCCUCCCCCAUUCGUGCUCCGCCAUCUCUCCCUCCCUCUCACCCUCCCUCUCACCCUCCCCCGCACCACGUGGUGCCUCCGCUCCCCCCAUUCAUGCUCCUCGAGUCAUAUGCGGCCCACAUCAUGAGCCUGGUUCGUAUUCUGGAGUGGUUCGUGAGUGGUCUGUGUGACAACCGCAAUCCAGCACUGGUUCGGUCGGUGGUGAGAAUGGCAGCACACGUGGGCAUUCCCCCUGCCCCACAAUCACCUGCUGCAGCGGCCAGUGCUGUGAGUGGGUGUGACUCAGGACUCAUGAGGGCGAGUAGCAAGGGGAGAGGAGGGGCUGCGGUUGCGGGAGGGGAAGGGGAUGAUAGAGAAAGAGAGGAGAAGAGAGAAGAGGUGGGAUCUGGUGCUGCGUUUGGUACUGCUGCUGGUGCUGGUGGUGCUGCUGGUGCUGCUGGUGCUGCUGGUGGUACCGGUGAUGGUGCUCGUGGUGGUGGGGAGGUGGGUGCUGCUGCUGCUGCUGCUGCUGCUGCUGAUGGUGGUGGGGAGGUGGGUGCGAUCUCACACUUGAAGGAGGCUGCAAGUGGUGCAUUGUUGGGUGUAGCAGCCGCAUCAAUGCCAGGGGAUAGGAGAUUGGCUGCAGCAAUGCCGGGAGGUGCACAACUGGCGGCACAAGUGGCGGCACAAGUGGCGGGGAAGCAGGGGAUGUGGGGGAAGGAAGCAGGGGAUGUGGGGGGAGGUAGCAGGGGAUGUGGGGGGAGGAAGCAGGGGAUGUGGGGGGAGGUAGCAGGGGAUGUGGGGGGAGGAAGCAGGGGAUGUGGGGGGAGGUAG